UCGUUGCAACCACCACGUAGCUGCGCUGCCGUCGACCUGAUAAUGGGGUGAGUUGGGGGUGAGACUGGGAUGAUUUGGCCAGUGGCAUGCCGCCCUUCGUGCCAUAAACAUCGUGCAGCUCGCUCGAGACGGGAACGUCGAUGGUAUCAGUUCGUUUCACCUGACUCUCUCAGCCAUUCUUGCGUCUGCAACCACACAACACGGCAGCAUUGUCAGCGACACGCUUCGCUCGAUAAGAACGCAUUUAAUAAGCCCGGCGAUCAAGAGUCAAUAUGUAGAGAGCGAAGAGACGCGCAAGGCAACGAAAAAUGGUGGACAAAGAGGAAAUAACGAAGACGCCCUCGCCGCUCAAUAUCAACGACGCGAUCGAGGGCGAGGUAUUGAAUCAAAAGACUGCUAGGAUACUUAGGAACGAUCUUCUAUUAUACGAAGCUGUGAUAAAAAAUGAAGCGGAUACUGUUCGCAAAGUGCUCAAAGAGACAGUGGACGUCAAUUCCAGGAACAAUUAUGGUCGUGCGCCGAUUCACUGGGCAGCGUCCAGGGGGAACACGGAGAUCAUCGAGAUGUUGAUACAGGCAAAAUGCGACAUCGAGGCCAAAGACAAGUUCGGCAUGCGUCCGUUACACAUGGCGGCGCGUUAUGGGCACAGGGACGCUGUGAAAAUGCUAAUCAACGCCGGGGCAAGCGUGUCGGCUGUAAACAAGAAGCAACACACUCUCUUAAUGUGCGCUGCUCAAGGCAACAACGUUCACGUGGUCGAGUACCUAGCGGAGGCAGUGGAAUCGUUGAACGGAGAUGCAACCGACUGCACCGGUGCAACCGCUCUUCAUCACGCGGCCAGCGCUGGUCACCCGACUAUGAUAACCGCGCUCGCCAACGUGCCAAGAAUCGAACUGAACGCCAGGGAUAAAAAAGGCCAGACGCCGGUGCACUAUGCCUGCACGCAGGAGCAUCUAGAAGCGGUGGAAGUUUUAAUAGGACUGGGAGCGAACGUGGACGCCCAAGACAGCGAGGAAAACACACCCCUUCACGUGGCCACGAGAACGAGGCACACGGCUAUAGCUCAAUUGCUGUUAAGAACCGGGGCGAACACGGAAUUAACCGACGAGAUGGGCUUCACUCCGCUUCACGUGGCUGCCAGUCAGGGUUGCAAAGGGAUACUAGACUCGAUGAUUCAACACGGCGCCGCACUCAACAAACAAUGCAAGUACGGGAACACGCCUUUGCACUUGGCCUGUCAAAACAACGAGGUUGAAACGGUCGAGAUACUGAUCAAUAAAGGCGUCGAUCUCAACUGCUUGAAUUCGAGAUUACAGUCACCGAUUCACAUUGCCGCGGAAAUGGGACACACGGAUAUAUGCGAGCUCUUGCUGGCGGCAGGUGCGAAUAUCGAGCAACGGGAACAGGGUGGCAAAACGCCACUUUACAUUGCGGCGAGGGGCAGUUUCACAGCUAUCGUCGACAUGAUAAUUAAAACUGCGAGACUGGACUACCCGACGCCGGAGGAUUCGACAUCUGACAAAGAAACUCGGGAUCUCACGCCAGCUAGGAGAAGAUGGCGAGAAGGCUCGGGGGGUGGAAGUAUCUCCAGUAACAAUGGCGCUCUUUCGGAAUACAUUCGAUCGAUUUUGUGGAAGUUGGCGUACAAACAAUUGGGACCCGAAGAUUGGAAGAAAUUGGCGUUACAUUGGGCGUUCACGUACGAUCAGAUUCAAGCAAUCGAGCACCAAUACACUGCUCCUCUUCUAGGUCCCUCGAGUUACAAGGAGCACGGUUUUCGAAUGCUGAUGAUCUGGGCAUCAGGAUUAAGUCCCGAGAUCUCCGUGGGGAAAGAACUUUGCGACGCGCUAUCCGCGGUGGACAAAAAUUCCGUCGCUGAAUCCGUACGAAAGCACAUGGAUCAAGAGAAAGAAGGGAAGACGAAAUUGAACAAACAGCGAUGUCACAAAUGCUCCAUCACUUAAGGACAACGACCGACGAUUCUGUCCGAGUCGGAAGGAAAUUACAAGAAUGGAAGUCGGGGAAAUUCGGAAGAUCUUCAGUAGAAAAUCUUUAGCAAUAUUCGCGGUGUGACAUAUCUGUAGGAACGCCUGGUCUUGCAUUUUUUUACAGCAUGUGUUUCAACAUAGAACCGCGUUUCACAGUGAAAUUACGUUCGCAUAGCGUUCGAAGAGAUGAUCAACGAAGCCUGUUCUACCAGCCAACGAAUUGCUUUCGAUCUAUCGUGAAAUCUAUAUUCGAGUCUUCGAAUCGAAACGGAAACUUUUCACAGUCCACGUCUUUGUUGCCCGUAAGUUGACCGUUCGCACGCAUCUUUUAGGAAAUUCGAACGAUUCAGAAGCGACGUAACUUUCAUUCUUGUUCGUUGGUUAAAUAAACGAUCGACGUACGAAGCCGUCCCGUUUCAUUUGAUCUUUCUUCCGGUACGUCUCAUCAUCCUGUCGCGCGGCAAUGCUACACGAAACUUCAACAACAUGUACAUACACGAACGCAACGCGUAAAAUACAUUUUAGAACAAACGCGAGGAAACGGAGAGAAAUUCUACAGGGCUUUCGAUGUGAUAAAAGAAAGAUAUAGAGAUUAGACAAAGGAAUCUAUCUCGAAACUUUGACUCGUUGUGCAAUUCGAGAAAGACAAUCUACAUAUCCCAGUAUUAUGUACAAUUAAAUAAACGCGUGAUUAAAAGUCUGUAGAUAUUUUUAAGUAGCUGUUCUUCCCCUUUCAAUUGUCAACGACACAUUAUAAUAUUUAUCAAAAUAAUUAUCCACCAAAAGCAAAAUCUAAUUCAUGUUUCUCAAGCAACAUUUUCGAUAUUGGAAAUUAGUAUUGUAAGUUUUACUAAUUUGUCCAUAGUGUAUAUAUUUAACACUAG